AUGAAUGCAUUGAGAGAGAGACCCUCUGGUCUGACAUCCAAUCACAUUCAUUUACCAUCUCAACACCUUGGAUCCUUGGAGGAAACUUUAACUACUAAAGCUAUGUUGGAUUUUCGUCAUUGCCUUCACAACUCCAACCUUGAGGACCUCAAUUACUCAGGUAUUUUCUACUCUUGGACCAACAAAAGUCCAGGUGUCUCCAACAUCUUAAAAAAACUGGAUAGAGUUCUUAUUAAUGAGCAUUGGAACCACUCAUUCCCACUAUCCCAUUGUCAGUUUCUUCCACCUGGAAUUUCUGACCACAGCCCAAUGAUUAUCAGCCUUGGUAAUCCUAGACCACAGAGGAAAGUUCCAUUCAGGUUCUUUAAUUACUGGAGUAAGAAUGAUUCCUUCUUACCACUGGUUGAAUCUAUCUGGAGGUCUCAUGUUGAAGGCUACCCCAUGUUUCAAGUCAUAACCAAGCUCAAGAAGCUCAAGCAACCCCUUAAGAUGGAAUUUUUAAAGAACUUCAAUGCAAUCAAAAGUGAGGUUCAGGCUGCAAAGGACUCCCUCUCUGCAUGUUAG